AAUGUCAUAAUAUACAUUUUUAAAAAUAUUUUUUAUCUAACAUCAUAUUUUUUAUCUAAAUCGAAAUAAAAAAUAACAUUUUAUUUAUAAGAAAUAAAAAAUAAAUUAUUUUUAAAAUUAUUUAAAUAAUAUUUAUGUAAAUAAAAAAUUAAUUGUUAUUUACAAUUAAGAUAUAGUUUUAUUUAUUAUUUAUUAUUUAUUAUUUAUUAUUUAUUAGUUAUUAUAUAAAUAAAAAUUUAUUUAUUUCUGGAGUAUUUAAAACCUUUGAAUUAACUUAAGGUUUAAAGCUGAAAUCAUUAAUUUUUAUUCGAAAUUGAAAACUAUAAUUAACUGUUUUAUAUAAUUAUAAAUUUAAUUUAAAAAUAAUCUUAGUUAAUUAUCAUUUCGCAUUACAUAAUUAUUCAAUACUAAUAAAAUAAUUUUAUUUGAAAUUUUAAUUAAUUAAUUUUUUUACUUAAUAUUAUCCAAUAUGAAGUCAUUCGAAAAAGAAAUAUAACAUGUAUUUCGUGUGAUUGAAUUUAAGAAAAAUUUGUAUAUUUAAUUUAAAAAAUAAUAAUUAAAAAAAACAAAAUUAUAAUAAAGAUGCGUAUUACAAAUAUAUUUUUAUAUAAAGUUCAUAAUAUUCCAUAUAGAUUUCGUGGGAAAUAUGCUAAAAUUAAAAAACCCACUUUCAAGAAUAUAAUGGAUUUUAAAAAUGAUCUUGAAAGAGAAGAAGAAAACAUGUUAAUAUUAAGACAUCCUUAUCUUACUAUUGAACAAUCACAAGGUCAUAUGAAAGAAGCUAGAAAACAAAAUUAUUUGACUCAGUUAAAUAAAUGGCGACAAGAAAAAAAUGAAAAAUUUAACAAAAAAAUAACUAUUUCAGAUCGGUUAAAUCAUUUAAAAGUAGCUAAUGCAUGGGAUUAAUUUUUAUUUUAAAUAUAUAAUUAUUCGCUUUAAAAUAAAGAAUUGUAUUAAAUAAAGUUUCCAUAUAUACAAUAUAAAUAAUAUAAAAGCUCAACAUAUUAUGUAGUAUUAUUUCAUUUCUUAAAAUUUUUUUUAAUAAAACAAAUUGUAAAACUAAAAAUAGAAAAAUAUUAUGGAAUACAAUAUUAAAGUCUUAGCAUAGCAAUUUCAUUCAAUUUUCCACUUGAAUAAUUUUCUCUUACAUAUAUUUGAUUUAUGGAUUUACAAUAAUUUCAUUUCGAAAUCUGAUCUGUAAAUCCUUUGGUUUGUUUCUUAUCCAAUUAAAUGGAUCUCUAUUAAUCUCUGUUUCUGUCAAUGUUUUUUUCUCGUAUAGAAAGUUUGCAAAAUCUGACACAAUAGGAUCUGCUGCAACACUACUCAUAGCAAUAACUUUAUUAUUUUUAAUAUAAUAUGCAAAAAAUUCCAAUUUCUCUAAAGAACCGUAAAUUCUAAUUUUCUCUGGUGUUCCAUAUCCUGUAUAAUUUAAAAUAAUUGUAAUGUAAUUAUAAUGUAAAUAUGAUAUUUUAUUUUUUUCUCAUUAUUAAAUAUAAAAAUAUAACGUA